AUUUUCUAUUAUAUAUAGAGCUCUCCACCUUUGCAAUUCCCACAUUGACAGCAGGCAGUACUCGACCCAUCCAAACCAGGUUUUGCUUCCCAAAAGAUGAAGAAGACUGUGAUACAAGUGAAUAUUAAGUGCCAGAAAUGUAAAACCGAUGUACUAAAAGCUACCACCAAGCUUUCAGGUAUACAGGAAGUGUCAGUGGAUGGAGAGAAGGAAUUGUUGAGUGUGGUUGGAGAUGUGGAUCCAGUGUUGGUUGUAAAAAAUUUGAGGAAGAUAGGCAAAGUUGCAAAGAUAAUCAGUGUUGGACCUCCUAAAUCUGAAAAACCAAAACAAUCACCUAAAAAACCUUGUAAUCUUCCUCCAUGUUGUAAUGACUGCCAACUAGUCGCUGUCGGCUUUUCUCAGGACUACAAUGGAGGGUGCCACAUCCUUUGAAGUAAAAAUGAUCAUUUCUUCUGCACUUUAAAAGCAAGUAUAAUCUUUAUUGGCUUGCCAUAUAAAGUUUUUAUAUAUUUUUAUUUUAUCAAAAUUAAAUAUAAUAUAUAUAUAUAUAUAUAUA